UUUGUUCGAUCUUUUACAAUUUUUUGUCGUGUCGACCUUUUGUCUGAUUUUGCCUUUGCCGGUCUAUUAUCAUUUUCUGGCCGUGACGACAUUUUGACUCAUUAUGGCUUUGUCGAUCUUUUGUCAAAUUUUUUCCUUAUAGACGCUCUCCCCAAAAUAAAUACACGUUUACUCAUUUUUCGAAAUUUUCCUUAAACUUUUUUAACUAAAAUUUGUUUAUUUAAGGUUUUAAAACAAUAAAUAUAUUCGAUUUUAUUAAAAAAAUGCGACGAGACAAGAAAGACGAUGAAGCUGGAGCCGGCAAUCCUUACGAUCAUUUAGACAAAGCAACUGUUGUUCAAGAAACUCGAGCAUUCAACGAAACUCCAAUAAAUGCAAGAAAAUGCCGCCCAAUUUUGUGUAAAUUACUUUAUUUAAUUCAACAUGGAGAGACUAUUGGAAAGACUGAGGCUACCGAUACUUUUUUUGCUAUAACGAAAUUGUGGCAGGCAAAGGAUGUUACUUUAAGAAUGUUGGUGUAUUUGGCUAUUAAAGAAUUGUGUACAAUUUCUAGUGAUGUUAUUAUUGUUACUAGCAGUUUAACAAAAGACAUGACUGGCCGUGAAGAUGUCUAUCGUCCAUCUGCAAUUCGUGCCCUAUGCCGUAUUUUAACCGAUACAGGAAUGCUGCAAGCAAUAGAACGUUAUAUGAAGCAAGCUAUAGUCGACAAAGUCCCUUCAGUCUCUUCAGCGGCAUUAGUUUCUUCACUUCAUUUAAUGAAACGAAGCCCAGACGUUGUUCGCCGUUGGGCAAAUGAAGUACAAGAAGCCGUUUCUUCUGACAACCAUAUGGUCCAAUUUCACGCUCUAAGUCUUCUCUACCAAAUUCGUUCAAGUGAUCGACUUGCUAUCCUCAAAAUGGUUCAAAAAUUUAGCAAAUCUGGACUGCGUUCGCCGUUGGCUAUUUGCUAUUUAAUUCGAAUUGCGGCAAAAUUGGUGGAAGAAGAUGAUGGAAGUGACCGCAUUGCAUUCCAAUUUAUUGAAAGUUGUUUGCGAAAUAAACACGAAAUGGUGGUUUAUGAAGCUGCUUCUGCUAUUGUUAGGAUGCCUUCGAUUUCUAGUGGAGAAUUAGCUUCAGCAAUAAGUGUUCUUCAAAUUUUUUUGUCUUCUCCAAAAUCCGCUCUUCGUUUUGCUGCUGUACGUACAUUAAAUCGAAUUUCCAUCAAUUAUCCCCAAGCAGUAAUUUCUUGUAAUGUUGAUUUGGAACAACUUAUAACGGAUCAAAAUCGCUCUAUCGCAACUUUAGCAAUAACUACACUUUUAAAAACCGGUGCUGAAGCUUCUGUUGAACGUUUAAUGAAACAAAUUGGGACUUUUGUUAGUGAAAUAAGUGAUGAAUUUAAAAUUGUUGUAAUCGAAGCAAUUCGUUCUCUCUGUGUUCGCUAUCCACGUAAACAUGCAACUUUAAUGAAUUUCUUGGCUUCAAUGUUGCGCGAUGAGGGUGGAUUUGAAUAUAAAAAAGCUAUUGUUGAUACAAUGAUUGCAAUUGUUGAAGAUAAUUCGAAUGCUAAAGAUUUGGGUCUUUCACAUUUGUGUGAAUUUAUUGAAGAUUGUGAACAUGCUGCUUUGGCAACUAAAGUUUUACAUUUAUUGGGAAGAGAAGGGCCGACAACAAAUCAUCCAGCAAGAUAUAUUAGAUUUAUUUAUAAUCGUGUUAUUUUGGAGACUACACAGGUUCGUGCAGCGGCAGUAACAGCUUUAGCAAAAUUUGGUGCAGAAUGUCCAAAAUUACGUCCAAAUAUUAUAAUUUUAUUAAAACGUUGUUUAUUGGAUACUGAUGAUGAAGUUAGAGAUAGAGCUACUUUGUAUUUGUCUAUUUUGAAGAGUGAAGAUCAAACAGCUAUUGUUACAUAUAUUUUGGAUACACUCAAAGUUUCAAUUGCCGGUCUUCAACAUUCAUUAGAAAAAUAUGUCCAAAAUGAACAUUUUGAAGAACCUUUUGAUAUUAAACAAGUCCCACUGUCUUUGGAACCGUUAACUAAUAAUGCUAAAAAAGAGAAGAAAUCAACAAUGUUAAUUGAAGAACCAAUUAAAAAAGAAAGUAAAGCUUCGAGAAUGGAAAUAUUUGCAGCUCAAAUUUCGGCAAUUCCUCAAUUUGAAAAACUUGGCCCUCUUUUCAAAUCUUCACCAACAUUUGAAUUGACAGAAAGUGUUACUGAAUAUAACGUUUCUUGUGUUAAACACGUUUUUAAUGAUUAUGUGCUUUUACAGUUUGAUUGUCGAAAUACAGUGAAUGAUCAACUUUUGGAGGAUGUUUAUGUUCAUUUAGAACCUCAAGACGAACCAGAUGAUGAGUCUGAUAAUUGGCAAAUUGAAUUGAAUUUACCAAUAAAAUCUUUGCCAGUUUCCAAAACUGAUGUAAAUUAUGUUUUGUUAAAAAUGCCAGAAGAUGGAAGAUUAACUGGGACAUUUAAUGCAACUUUAAAAUUUAAAGUUAGAGAUGUUGAUCCAGCAACUGGUGAACCUGAAUCUGAAGAAUUUUAUGCUGAUGUUUAUGCGCUCGAAUCAAUUGAAGUAACCAUUGCCGAUUAUUUAUUACCAAUACUACCAAAAGGAUCAUUCUCUACUGCUUGGGAAGCAUUGACAGAUAAAUAUGAAGUUGAUGAAACUUAUGCUUUGUCUACAGUUAAUACUCUUGAAGAUGCAGUAAAGAAUUUAUUAAAAUGUAUUGGCCUUUUGCCUGUUGAACAUUCAGAACGUGUACCUGAAGGAAAGUCUUCCCACACUUUGCUACUUUCUGGAAUAUUUAGAGGAGGAAUUAAUGUUUUGUGUCGUAUAAGAAUGGCUUUGGAUCCUUCUGAUCAAACUGUGACAAUUAAUUUGGCUGUUAGAUCAACAGAUGAAACAGUCAGUUUGAUGAUUGGAAACAUUAUAGAAUAA